AUGCAAGAGUGUUUACAGUCCCCGUCGCUUAAGAUCUCAUCCAGAGUUCGUACCCAGCCUACCGGAAAAGGUAUUUUACUCGGGCUUCUCUACUUCCGGAAACAUAUCAGCUUCGAAAUAACACCAUUCAUGUAUCCACAAGGCUUUCUCAUACAAGAUAUAAGGUUGAAGAUAUUUGACCGGUCUGUUGCGUUCCAACCUAGUCGAGCAUGCCAGUCGCUGUCCACCGAACCUCAUGUUUCUCAGGAAGCCUCGACUCUAUCCCAACGUCUCCCGGAGGGAUUAGCCUUCGGCAAGGAAACCGCUGGCUCAAAGAUUCCCUUGCUGGGGCGACUGAUCUUCAGCAUUGGCCUCUUGUUCAGUGAAGCUGACUCGGGAUGCCUUACUGGUUCUGACCGGUUACACUGCGCCCAACGAAAGCUCAUUCUGGAACAGUACGAGUAUGGAAAGGCCGGUAUUGGCUCGCUGUACUGGGACACGACCGAUGGCGUGACAACUUAUAUGAAUAAGCCUCUCAGCUGA